CUCUCCACCAAUGGUGGGGCGUAACACGUUGGAGAGGCAAGGCCUGGCCGCGGUAGUGCUCCUGGGGAAUCACUGACUGUAGGGGCUCUCAGAGGAGAAGAGGCGGCAGAGAACCAUGGCGGUGUCGGCAGUGCGGAUCCGGAUCCUGCAGGUCUCUUCCAAGGUGAGCUCCACCUGGUGUCCAGCUUCUUCAUUCUCUUCUUCCUCAGUGCCAACUGUAAAGCUCUUCAUUGAUGGGGAAUUUGUUGAAUCCAAAAGUGAGAAAUGGAUCGACAUCCACAACCCAGCCACCAAUGAGGUCAUUGGUCGGGUUCCUCAGGCCACCAAGGCUGAAAUGGAUGCAGCCGUUGCUUCCUGCAAACGUGCUUUUCCCAUCUGGGCAGACACUUCAGUAUUAAGCCGCCAGCAGGUCCUGCUCCGCUAUCAACAACUCAUUAAAGAAAACUUGAAAGAAAUUGCCAGGUUGAUCACACUGGAACAAGGGAAGACCCUAGCAGAUGCCGAAGGAGAUGUAUUUCGAGGCCUUCAGGUGGUCGAGCAUGCCUGCAGUGUGACAUCCCUCAUACUGGGAGAGACCAUGCCAUCCAUCACCAAGGACAUGGACCUUUUCUCCUACCGUUUGCCUCUGGGGGUGUGUGCAGGCAUUGCUCCAUUCAAUUUUCCUGCCAUGAUCCCACUUUGGAUGUUUCCCAUGGCCAUGGUGUGUGGAAAUACCUUCCUAAUGAAGCCAUCAGAGCGAGUCCCUGGAGCCACUAUGCUUCUUGCGAAGUUGCUCCAGGACUCUGGUGCCCCUGAUGGAACACUGAACAUCAUUCAUGGACAACACGAAGCUGUAAACUUCAUUUGUGAUCAUCCGGAUAUCAAAGCAAUCAGCUUUGUGGGAUCUAACCAGGCAGGAGAGUACAUCUUCGAAAGAGGGUCAAGACAUGGCAAGAGAGUUCAAGCCAACAUGGGAGCCAAGAACCAUGGGGUAGUCAUGCCAGAUGCCAAUAAGGAAAAUACCCUGAACCAGCUGGUUGGGGCAGCAUUUGGAGCUGCUGGUCAGCGCUGCAUGGCUCUUUCAACAGCAAUCCUUGUGGGAGAAGCUAAGAAGUGGCUGCCAGAGCUGGUGGAGCGGGCCAAAAACCUGAGAGUCAAUGCAGGAGACCAGCCUGGAGCUGAUCUUGGUCCUCUAAUCAGCCCCCAGGCAAAAGAACGAGUCUGUAAUCUGAUUGAUAGUGGAACACAGGAGGGAGCUUCAAUCCUUCUUGAUGGUCGAAAAAUUAAAGUCAAAGGCUAUGAAAAUGGCAACUUUGUUGGACCAACCAUCAUCUCAAAUGUCAAGCCAAAUAUGACCUGUUACAAAGAAGAGAUUUUUGGCCCAGUUCUUGUGGUUCUGGAGGCAGACACUUUGGAUGAAGCCAUCAAGAUUGUAAAUAACAACCCAUAUGGAAAUGGAACUGCCAUUUUCACCACCAAUGGAGCCACUGCUCGGAAAUAUUCCCACCUGGUGGAUAUUGGGCAGGUGGGGGUGAAUGUCCCCAUUCCAGUGCCUUUGCCAAUGUUCUCAUUCACCGGCUCUCGAUCUUCCUUCAGGGGAGACACCAACUUCUAUGGCAAACAGGGCAUCCAAUUCUACACUCAGCUAAAGACCAUCACGUCUCAGUGGAAAGAAGAAGAUGCUACUCUUUCCUCACCUGCUGUAGUCAUGCCUACCAUGGGCCGUUAGAAACAAGUUUGUUUCAGACUCAGUCCAUCUGGAGUAAUACCUGUUACUCUUGAGCAACUUCAUUUGCCAAAUUUGCUCAGAUCAGAUCCCUGGGAUUGGAAUACCUUUUAACUAAAGUCUUUCUCAGGACCACUGUCCCUGCAUAGUUGCCAUAGGGAGACUCCUAGUGUAACUCAGAAAUCUGAUUUUCACUUAUUCUUCAUACUUGUUUUUGAGGUAACUUGUAAUUAUGAAAUGCUUAUCUGGAAUGAGAGCUCAGACCUGUUUUCUAUAAAUUCUCUCAUUUUCUGGUGAUUUGAAGUAAAAGAAAAUUAGUAUAUGUAAAGACAAUCUUCUAGUAACUGGAAGAGGACUUUUUGGAUGGGGAAAUAGGACAGAAAUAAUUCACUAUUUGGUUGAUCCUCAAACACAGCCCUACGUAAACAGCAGUGGGGGGACCCUUCUGCCAAGCUCUCCUGAGCCUCUCGUUUAUCUCACACUACAGAAGCUAUAAUCCAUUUCCACUUAUCCCAAAGUUGUGACAAUUGCUUCUUUCUUUUCCACUGAAUGCCACUUUGUCCUAGUGAUUCAUGACCACUAGAUCCUGUCACUGUCACUGUUCCCGCUUCUUAAAAUCACUUCUCAAGGUACCUCAGUAUGCAAUGGAUAAGUCAACUCUUUGUUGUGUGUGCCAAGUGUUAAGUUUCAGGGCUUGCUUCAACAAUCAUUAAGGAAUGCUUCAGCCAUUAAUUCAGAUGCAAAUGGUUUUUUUUUUUUGAAAACUAUUGCAAAGUUAUUUUAGGCCUAGAAAUCAAGGGGUGUCCCAGCCAUGAAAAUGGGCAAGGCUUUACCUCAAGCAACUACCCUGAUAUUACUUGCUGAAUUUCCUCUUGCCUGUAUUUCUUAAUAGUGAUAUUUUUUAAUGAAAGAAUCCUUAAUGUAGAGUAAUUGAUUAGGGCCUAAGAAACUUCAAAGCUUUUCAUGAUGUGAAGUAGUAAAAACAAAAUGCUUUGACAGAUUCUUCUGCUACCAUCAAUUCAACUUUCUUUAUUUCUUUGAGUCAGAACAGUAAUUGAUGUGCUAAACAGCAUAGUCUUUUUGCUCUGCCAUCGCAACUGAAUUUUCUUUUCUGAUAAAGUUUUCUCCCAGUGAACCAGAAGAGGGCUGCUGACUCUGAUAAUCUCUGGUUCUCAAGCCAGAUGACAUGGGUCAUUUAUUUUUCUGCUUCUUCAUUGGUCACUUGGAUAAUGCUAACCUACUCCAUAGGGGUUAUUCAGUGAAUUAAGGAUAGUGAAAACCUUGACAGUUUGUGGACUCUGGAUUUGGGUUUAUUACUACCACCUUUUCAAUCACUUAAGGUGACUGGAACUUUAAUAAAAUCAUUUAUGACUCUACUGGGACCUUUUUUUUGUUUCCUAAAGGUGAGGCAAUAGAAAUGUAUAAUUUGAUAAUAGAAUGCCCCACGUUUUGUCUAUUAUCACAGCUGGCAACUGAUAUAGUGAUAUUUAAUCCAAUCUAACAUCUAUAGGCUGGGUUGAAUAAAAGGUCAUAUUGUCUAAAUUCCAAGUGGAAUUAAAUAUAAUCAAGAGAUUCCUAAGUUUUUCUUACAUUUAAGGGAAACCACUUUUUAAAAAAAUACUAAUCAAAAUUGUGUUGCUUUAAUUAGAAUUGUCUCAUUUGGCUAGCUACUUGUUAAUCAGAGAAAUUUCUUGUUAAGUGGGAAGAAAUCUGUAUAAUUAUGUUCAUGCUUGUAGCAGAAAAAGUUUACUAUUUUAUUUUCUUUUUGCUCUGAUGUGGCCUCAUUUGAAAAUUCUCAGAUCCUACAUUGUACUUAAUUGAUUAUGAUAAACAGAUUACAAAUAAACAGCUCUUAAAAAGAAAA